AUGUUUCUAGCUAAUUAUAUCGGACAGAAUAUAAUCGACUACAAUAAUCACGUGUACAUUACUGCGUACAACAUUAAGUGGUAUAGAACCCCUUUAAAUAUACAAAAAAUAAUACUAUUUUUGUUGCAAAGAGAAACUAAGAAAUUUACUUUAAGUGUCGGUGGAAUAUUUGAUGCAUCCAUGGAGUGUUUUGCCACGCUAAUAAAGGCCUCGAUAUCUUAUUUUACUGUCAUAUAUUCUACAAAGUGA